AUGCGUCGAGCGUAUGCUUUUCUUUCUCUCGUUCAUUUUUGCAUUUUCUUUGUAAUUUUUUCUCGGGUUCAUAUCUAUCUAUCUUUGUCAUUUCAUAUCUAUCUAUCUAUCUUUGUCAUUUCAUAUUUAUCUAUCUAUCUAUCUUUGUCAUUUCAUAUUUAUCUAUCUAUCUUUGUCAUUUCAUAUUUAUCUAUCUAUCUAUCUUUGUCAUUUCAUAUUUAUCUAUCUAUCUUUGUCAUUUCAUAUUUAUCUAUCUUUGUCAUUUCAUAUUUAUCUAUCUAUCUUUGUCAUUUCAUAUUUAUCUAUCUAUCUAUCUAUCUAUCUAUCUUUGUCAUUUCAUAUUUAUCUAUCUAUCUAUCUAUCUAUCUUUGUCAUUUCAUAUUUAUCUAUCUAUCUAUCUAUCUUUGUCAUUUCAUAUCUAUCUAUCUAUCUAUCUAUCUUUGUCAUUUCAUAUCUAUCUAUCUAUCUAUCUAUCUUUGUCAUUUCAUAUCUAUCUAUCUAUCUUUGUCAUUUCAUAUCUAUCUAUCUAUCUAUCUAUCUUUGUCAUUUCAUAUUUAUCUAUCUAUCUAUGAAUGCAUAUACUGUUGCAUACUCGGUAGUUCCUAUCUCUUCUGUGCACAGCCACUGAUUGUUAACAUCACACAACAUAAAACACGGCGUAAGUAA